AUGCUACGAGCUUCUGAAAACCACCUACACUUGCUGCUGAGAUGCUACGCGACACACCCAAAGGUGUUGAAAAGACCUCUGAGCACGCAUAUCAAAGAGGAAAAGAGUACUUUCCAAGAAACUGGAAUUCUCCCCAAUGGAACAAUUUAUGAGAGGCAAAAUCGUCAUAUUGAAGGAAUUACUAAAGACAGUGAUCUGGAGCUGCUAGAAAAGGGUAUAAGGAAAACUGACGAGAUGACUUCUAAUUUCACUAAUUAUAUGUAUAAAUUUCACAGACUCCCCCCUAACUAUGGAAGUAAUCAACUUAUCACCGUUGAUAAGGAACUUCAGAGAGAGCUGGAUGCAGUUUUGGCGUCCUUUAAGGCUCCAUGCAGGUUUGCGUUCGGCUACGGUUCAGGUGUUUUCGAACAAGCGGGAUAUUCGGAAAAGGAUACCAAACCUCAAAUUGAUAUUAUCCUGGGGGUCACCUAUCCAUCGCACUUCCACUCUAUCAAUAUGAGACAAAAUCCUCAGCACUAUUCCAGUUUGAAAUACUUCGGUUCUGAAUUCGCCUCCAAAUUUCAGCAGAUUGGUGCGGGCGUGUAUUUCAACCCAUUUGCGAAUAUUAAUGGACAUGAUGUAAAAUAUGGGGUAGUUUCUAUGGAAACGCUUUUGAAGGACGUAGCUACCUGGAAUACAUUCUACCUUGCGGGGCGACUACAAAAGCCUGUUAAAAUACUGAAAAAUGACUUAAGAGUGCAAUAUUGGAACCAGUUGAACUUAAAGGCAGCAGCUACACUGGCCAAGCAUUAUACUCUGGAGAAGAAUAACAAUGAAUUUGAUGAAUUUCAAUUUUACAGAGAGAUCACUGCUUUAAGUUAUGCAGGUGAUAUUAGAUACAAACUGGGUGGGGAAAAUCCCGACAAAGUUAACAAUAUUGUUACUAAAAACUUUAAACGGUUUCAAGAGUAUUAUAAACCCAUUUACAAAGAGGUGGUGCUAAAUGAUUCAUUCUAUCUUCCAAAAGGAUUCACUCUGAAAAAUACUCAGAGACUUCUACUCAGCCGCAUAAGUAAAUCGAGUGCACUGCAAACUAUCAAAGGCGUUUUCACUGCUGGGGUCACGAAAUCAAUCAAGUAUGCUUGGGCCAAAAAACUAAAAUCGAUGAAAAGAAACUAA